UUAUAUAUCUUCGUGCUAUAUGGGUUCGCGCACAGCUGAUCAAAUAUGAGAUGGAUACACACCUACAUUGAAGGAUUUGGUGGCGUUGUCGUCGUGUGUGUGUACGACGGUGCAGGUGUAGAAUAGUGGAGAGAAAGGGAGAUGAAUACAAAGGGACAGAGACCAGAAACAAGGGGAAUAAAGAAAAAUAUAUAGAAUACAUAUACUAAAGCAGAAAAUAAAAAAAAACUAUUCAUCGUGUAUAUUUUUAUUCCAACCUCUCCCGUGUCGCAUAUUCAUGUUUAUUCAGUAGUUCUAAUGGUAAAAAAAAAGAUACUCAGUUUUUAUCCCCUUGUUGUCGUUGGAGUCACUGCCCUGGACUCAUGCUGCUCGAGAUAAGACCUUGCUGAUUCGUGUUUUUGAUUUCCCACAGGUAUCAUGGAUUCGACAAGAAGAUCUGAUGGUUUUGGCCACGAACGAGAUCACGUUCACCACAGAUGAACGAUUCAAGGUGCGGGCGUGGCGAACAGGAGGCGUGUGGGCGUGGGACUUGCAGAUCGAGGAAGCAACACUGAAUGACGCUGGAAUUUAUGAAUGUCAAGUUAACACGCGGCCGAAAGUGUCUCAUCCGGUGUAUCUCGACGUGCAAUUGGGAGGCGCGGUGAUCGCAGGGCCGCCGGAGGUGUACGUGGAGGCGGGGUCACGGUUGCUGCUGACCUGCUGGGUGCAGGCUCCCCCACGCCCCCCCGGCCCCAUCACCUGGCUGCAUAACACGACGCCUAUUCACGCUGAAGGAAGCAGGGGCGGAGUGAGCUUGCACGUGGCACAGGAAGGCGCCAAGGCCAGUGCCAGGCUCUCCCUCACCAGCGUCACGCCCAAAGACGCCGGAAAUUACACCUGCCAACCCGAGGGGCUUGACCCAGCGCACGUAUCCGUCUUCGUUCUGCAAGACGAGGAGCCACGCGCCAUGCACCAUGACGCAAGCACUCCUUCCUCGAGGAUCAACACCAAGCUCCUUAUUCUAGGCAUCUUCAUUAUCCUUCUUACUCACACGGACAGAUGAUAAUACACUCCUGGGACAAGAUAGGUUGAGGCUCUGGGAGGAGACUGUCGCUUCUCCUCUCCCUGAUGUGAUGCUAGGCCUGUAACGGAGUGGACUGAUGUGAAGUCAAAAUACAAGGGGAUACGUCAGAUUACAGGCUCAGAAGAUUUCUUAACUCUUUGAAUGUAAUGCACACACACACACACAGAUACAUAUGUGUAUGUGUAUGUAUAUAUAUGUGUGUGUGUGUGUGUGUGUGUGUGUGUGUGUGUGUGUGUGUGCGUGCGUGUGCAUGUGUGUGUGCGUGUGUGUGUACAUAUAGACACACAUAUGUAAAUACAUGUUUUUAUAAGAGAGGAUGUGCAUAUAAAAACUAUUUUAAUUAGCCUGUGGAAGAAGUUACAGAUUUAAGUAUGGUUUUCAAAGAGAGCCAAAAACAUAAAAGAAAAAUCAUCAGACAAAAGCAAAUAUACAUAUAUAUCAUUGUUCUCUCACUGUUAUUAUGAAAUUUUAAAACAAUGAAAAUAAAGAGUUAUGGGUUUCGACUCUGACAAAUAUACAGUAUCUUUUCAGCCCUUUUGCUU